UUUCUUUUCCGGGCCGGUGAUUGGCAGCUUCCGGAGCGAAUCGGAGCCUUGCUUUGGAGAGGCCAAGCCAAGGAGUCCUGCCUCUUCGGGGCUUCAGCAGUCUGGCUGGUUUGGGGCAAAGUUUCCCGGGAAAAAACGAGGCCGCAAAAUGGAGUGAUGGAACCAAGCGGAUCCCACUGUUUCCCACAUGAUCUAAAACUCUGCUUCGCAAGUUGGAAAGAGAAUGUGUGAAUAAGCAACAAUGGAAAGAGCCAAUGGUGCCAGCCUGCAGCUCCAACCACUUUCCACCAAAGCUCUGCCAGUCCAUGAGGAUUUCUUCUCUUACAAGGAAAACCUGAUCGGUGCUUUGCUGGCCAUUUUUGGACAUCUUGUCAUCAGCAUUGCUCUCAACUUGCAGAAGUAUAGUCAUAUCCGGCUUGCAGGCUGUAAAGAUCACCGCGCGUAUUUCAGAACCAAGACAUGGUGGUGCGGACUCUUCUUGCUGCUCCUGGGGGAGCUCGGAGUCUUCUCUGCCUAUGCCUUUGCACCCCUUUCCUUGGUUGUACCCCUGAGCGUUGUGUCAGUUAUAGCAAGUGCAAUCAUUGGAGUCAUAUUCAUUAAGGAAAAAUGGAAACCCAAAGACUUUUUGAGGCGCUAUGUUUUGUCCUUUGUGGGCUGUGGCCUGGCUGUGGUUGGGACGUACCUGCUGAUCACCUUUGGGCCAAACAGCCAUGAGACCAUGACAGGAGAGAACAUCACUAAACAUUUAGUGAGCUGGCCAUUCCUUUUGUAUAUGCUGCUGGAGAUCAUCCUGUUCUGCCUACUGCUGUACUUCUACAAAGAGAGGAAAGCUAAUUAUAUAGUCGUGAUUUUGUUGCUAGUUGCACUCCUGGGUUCCAUGACUGUCAUAACAGUGAAGGCUGUGGCUGGCAUGAUCGUGGUUUCGAUUCGGGGGGAUUUGCAGCUGGGCUACCCUAUUUUCUACAUCAUGGUGGUUUGUAUGGUGGCGACGGCAGCCUUUCAGGCAACGUUUUUAACCCAAGCAUCACAAUUGUACGACACAUCACAGAUUGCCAGUGUGGGUUACAUCCUGUCUACCGCAAUGGCAAUAACUGCAGGUGCAACAUUCUACUUGGACUUCCUUGGGGAAGACAUACUCCAUAUUUGCAUGUUUGCUUUGGGGUGCCUCAUUGCAUUCUUGGGUGUCUUUUUGAUUACUAGAAACAAGAGGAAAUCUAUCUUUUUUGAACCUUACAUUUCGAUGGAUGCUAUGCCAAGCAUGCAGAAUUUGCACGACAAUGGAACAGCAGUCCAGCCUGACCUCAAGACCUCUUUUUCCUAUGGCGCCCUGGAGAGCAAUGACACCAUCUCGGAGAUCUAUGCUCCUGCCACGCUAACAGUGGUCCAAGAGGAACACGGCUCCAAAGCAGCUCCGUACAGAGCCGUGGAGCACAGCAAAAGGGAGUGACUGCCCUGAAGGACUGGGCAUAAUGUGCUUCCAUGCAUGUGGUCCAUCAUAUUUAUUUAUUUA